UCUCCCCUAUUUCCAUCGUGAGGAGUGAACUCGGAACCCUAGUGAGUGAGUGCGAGCGAGCCAAAAAUGAGACGAACUCUGCUCAGAAAUGCUUCUCUCCUCUAUACUCGGAAUCUUCUUCUUCACUCUUCUUCCACCACCGCCGCCACCACCACAACCACCACCGUCGCCACCUCACUCGCCGCCGUCACAAAUCGUUUCCGGCCCAGGCUCUUCUCCUCCGAUGAAACCCCCAAAAGCCCCGUUCCUCAAGAACCCGAAGAAAUCAAGGACGUCGAUAACAAAGAGUUCAAAAAGAUGAUUGAUCAAUACCUCAAGGGCGACGAGGAGGUUCUUCCGUUGAUACAGGAGGCGAUUCUGAUACGGAGGUUAUCGGGGAAGCAUGAUGACACUGAUGACGAGAUGAUGGAUGAGCUCCGCAUGGGGCCUCUGGAUGAUGUCAGUGACAGGGAGUUCGAGGAGGAUUUCGAGGAGGCGCAUCAGACCGAUGAGGAGAUCGAUGAUCUGUAUAAUGCUAGGGAUGUGGUGCAGAAGAGGAUGGUUCAUGAUGAGUACUUCAACAUGGAUCCCAAGAAGUGGGAUGAAAUUGUUCAGGAUGGGGUCAACCAUGGUUUUCUUAAGGAUACCAAGGAGUGUGAGGAGAUUCUUGAGGAUAUGCUCAGCUGGGACAAGCUCCUCCCAGAUGAGAUAAAACAGAAGGUGGAGAUAAAAUUUAAUGAGCUAGGCGACAUGUGUGAAAGAGGGGAACUUGAACCUGAAGCAGCUUAUGAACAGUUUAAGAAGUUUGAGGAUGAGAUGGUCAUGGAGUACAUGAAGAUUAUGGAGAAAGAGGAGGCCCCGCAGUCGGAUGACACUGCUGUCCCAGACAAGAAAAAAGAGUCAGAUGACCCACCAGGUGAAGGUCCAAUUCUCCGCUGGGUAACCCGGGCAGUAUUUGCUCCCGGUGGCGAUGCAUGGCAUCCAAAGAACAGGAAAGUUAAACUAUCUGUUACGGUGAAAGAGCUUGGACUUUCAAAAUACCAAUUUCGCCGUCUCAGAGAAUUGGUUGGAAAACGUUAUCAUCCAGGGAGAGAUGAGCUUACAAUAACUAGUGAGAGGUAUGAACAUCGUGAAGAAAACAGAAAGGAUUGUCUAAGGACUCUUCUCUCUCUCAUUGAGGAGGCUGGAAAAGCUAAUAAACUAGUGGAUAAUGCCCGGACUUCAUAUGCCAAAGAAAGACUCCGAGCAAAUCCAGCUUUCAUGGCCAGACUGCAUGCUAAAUCCAUGAGAGUACGAGAAUCUAAUCAGAUUCCUGCUUAAGGUUUCCAGGUCUGAUGUAUGAAUGUUGGAACAUUCACUUGCCUUAAUUUGUUAUUGCUCCCAGAUUUUGUUUCUUUUAUGAAUUGUUGGCUUUUAUAUUGAGUUGGAUCAUGAGUCAUAGUUGCAGAAACUACCUCACUGCAUAAAGGUGUAAGGCUGCGUACAUCUGAUCCUCGUCCACAAUGAUAGGAGACUCCACUGGGCCGACCUUUAGUCAUAUCUUUCUUAUUUAGUGCUCGGCAUCAAGGAUAGAUUUUCACCUUGAGCUAAUAUUGUAUGCUAGCUAACCUUUAGACAUGCUUGGGUAUUUGCUACUUCACCAUCACCAAUAAUAUGAUUUAAUGUAGAUAAGUGAUUGUCAA